AUGGGGAUCGUGUGUCAUAUCUCGGCUUCUUGUUUGCUAAAUCCUACUAAAGUGUUACUUCAGCAACCUAUUAGUAGCGGUCAAGGAAAUACUGAAAAUCUAACAAAUGUUUCAACAUUACCAUCAAAAAAACAGUUACAUCGUACUGAUAACAGAUUUAGGCAUCGUAUGAAAACUGUUACUUCCUUCCACAAAGGUGAAAUUUGCACAGGAUGUGAAAAAAGUAUGACUUUACUUUUUUCUCAUGGUUAUAAAUGUACAAGAUGUAAGCAUUUAUUUCAUUCAAAAUGUAUUUCACAAUCAAGUCGUGUUUCUUGUGACAAUGUUAAUCGAGUAAGACGCACACCUAGCAAAUUAAACAAAAAUAAUAAAACGGAACAGUUGCCAAUAACUUCUUGGAAUGUAACUCGCACAUCAGAAUUUCGUGAUCCAAGGGAUAUUAUUGUUACAGAUGUAUCAGAAUUGCAAAAUAUGGAUGAUUUCAUCUUUAAAAAGUUGUGUCAAAUGAGUGGAAAUAAUGAACAGAAAGAUUGUCUAGUUGAUGUUGUUUUUAAAAGAUCUUUAAGAGAAUUUAAGUUCAAUCUUAUAAGUACAUAUUCUGUAGCUGCAGCACAAGAUGGCCGUUUAUGUAUUUGCUAUAAAGAUCUAAUAGAUAAUUUUGAGCAAGUUAUGCAAAGUGUUUGUCAUCAAGAAAACACUAGUCAAACAUUCCCUGUAAUUAUGGGUGUAAAUGCAUUCCGUGGCUUUCUAGAUGAAUUUAGAAAUUUAUAUAGGAAUGAAGAAAAAAUUAAAUCUAAAGGGAAGAAAAGAAAACGAAAGAAAAUGGAAUUAUCAGAAUAUAUGGGUCAUAAAUUCAUGGCUGUUGUUAUAAACAUUCCUACUGCUUGCGAAAUAUGUUCUUCUUUUAUGUGGUUAAUGGAGAAGGGAUUAGUCUGUCAAGGAUGUAAAUUGACCUGUCAUAAAAAGUGUUACACUAAAGUUAAUGUAUAUUGUAAGAAUUGCCUCAGCCAACAUGAGAAGCGUGUUUUUGGUGCUCCAUUAGAAUAUCUAGUAUCAUCUGAGAUUAGAAUUCCUAUUGUUGUUGAACGAUUAAUAACAGUAAUAGAAUUAAAAGGAUUGUAUACAGAAGGUAUCUACAGGAAGUCUGGAAUUGCUUCCAAAGUACGAAAAUUAAAAGAUCUAAUGGAAGAAGGUAUGUAAA